AUGCUGGUAAGUCUUGACUCAGACUUCUGUUCUCAUUGUGGAACCAUUUUACCAGUACCACAAAGUGCACCGUGCACGUUACAGUGUCUGGUAUGCAAAAAUGAACGGACUAUAAAAGGUACGUUACAGAACUGCUGGUUCAUUUACAGUUUUUAAAAAGUCAAAGUAUUGAUUUGAAAUUUAAAUAUUUUAUCUAAAAUGGCCACAUUAAUUGCUUCCAGAAAGCACACGCCUCGUAAACAAAGUAGAAUUCAACUUGGAACGACAAGUCAUACAAUGGGACGAUCAGGACGAGCACAUGGCCACAGUGGACCACACCUGCACCAAGUGUGGGCAUCUGGUGGCGACGUACACGACACAACAAACCCGAUCGGCUGAUGAAGGUCAGACCGUGUUCUACACCUGCCUCAAGUGUAAGCACCGUGACAUCGAGUACUCCUGA